CCGGCUACUGGCGCUAAAAUCAUGAGUGCUCACUGCAUUGACAUCAGUCAUUGACAAUGACAUUGACAGCAAGACGACUGAGCCUCAGAGAAAUUUCAGCCCUCACCAUCGUCUACACGGAUUUGAUCGAAGAUAUGACAAUAAUUUCCUUCAGUAAAAUGAAUCGUUCUGCUCUUCUUGGGCACUGGUAGACGAAUCGCGAUCAUGAGUGUCUUUGAAUCUUCUCGAGGUUCAGCUAUGUCGACUACCAUGCUGCUGGUCGCUUCGGUUGUCGCGUGGGCGAUGGUGACCGAUCAUUGCUCCGCACAGGCUGCUCCGAAGUUUGCCAAGGACCGUCUGAGCAAGCCGCCAGCACCGGGUGUUCACCCGCGUGUGCUGUUCAGCCCUGAAGAUGUGCCGGACAUACUGCAUCGCCUCCAGACCACCAAGGUGGGCAAGUGGGCAUGGCAAGCCAUCACCGAGGGCGUUGCCAUGCGGACAAAUAAAAGUUUGACCAAUGCAGGCCCAUUGCCAAUGCUGUACGCUGAGAUGCUCGCAGGCAAUGACACGGACGCCAUGGUCGCUGCCAUCAACGGCUCCGGCUACUGCGGGCCCAGCUCGUUCUGCCUGACGUCGCUGGGCUCCACACUGCUGUACGACUCGUUCAUCGCCUUGGUAACGGCAGACACGGGCAGGGCCAAGACCCUCGGCACCGGCCUGGUCGCCUUGGCCAACAUUGCGCAGAAGUUCCUGGAGCGGACUGACUGCGGCGGACGGCCGUGCGUGGAAGAGAUGAACUUCCAGAGCAUCUAUAUGCUAAUAGCCAACGACUGCAUCGGUAUGUCCUACGACUUCCUGGCAAACGCUAUGGACGAGAGCGAGAAGGCGGUGGUGCGCAAGUUGAUCGCCACGGCCACGGCGAAGCACUUCAUCGUGGGCAACGGCAAGCCGUGCUACGCGGUGACGAGCAACUGGGUGUCAAUGCAUCAGUUCAUGACAACCAUGCUGCUGUCUAUCGAGGGCGAGGAGGGCUACGACGCGGCAGUGCUCGCUCGCAACACCGUGACCAUGACGAACUUCCUGGAGUGCGGCGUGCAUGCCUCCGGAGCCACACACGAGGGCAUGGGCAAGAACUACCUGCACGUCGAGAGGUUCGCCGCGUUCGAUCGCCGCGGCAGCGAGCUGCUGCAGCACCCGCACUUCGUCAAUCACGUGCGCAGCUUCUACCUGAACAUGAUGCAGCCGUUUGGUUAUGCAUUCACCAUGGUCGACAACUGGGGCGGCUCGGACAACCUGGCCAGGGUCUAUGAUCUGGCGCCGGCCAAGUACUUCUACCCGGACGAUCCCGUCGUGGACUUUGUGUGGCGCAACGCGUGGAACAAUGCCACAGCUGUUGCACAGUUUAGCGACCUCGGCUACCCGCACACGGGAAACUCUCAGUUCACGCACGUCCCGAUGAGCGUGGCCAUCUACGCGCAGGACUGGAGUGGACCAGAGGACUUCGACACGGCCGCGCAGGCACUGGACGCCAACUUGACGUUCUUCUGCGACGAUCGCGGCCUGAUGGUGGCGCGCGACCAGUGGUCGCAGAACGCCACCUGGUUUGCGUUCCAGUGGCGCAGCGACCAGCGCUGGGCCGGCGGGCACUAUCACCCGGACCGCGGGACGUUCAUGCUGUCGGCCUGGGGCAGGACCUGGGCGCAGUACCCGCCCGGGGACGACGGCUCCGAUGCGUUCCCGUUCACGGUGGGCAACUACCAGCAGUCACGCAAGCACUCCGUGCUCCUGGUCGACGGCAGGGCAUCGGUUCCGGUCAACUACAGGGGUUCGGAUUGGGGUACGCCGGCGGGUAAGGGAGAAGAGUUCGCAGACACGUCUCUCGCUACAUUUGCAGCUACUAACCUGACGUACAGCUACACUUGGAUGUGGACACGCUACACCUCCCAUCUGGACUUGGAGAACGACACAUUCGUAACGCCGAACGACUUUGUGAUCACGCCAAGGACUGACGACUGGAUGAAGAUGAACGUGCACGACCUGGUCGACCCGAUAACGCCCAACUUCGCGCCUCCCAACCUCGCCCAGAACUGCUCCCGUGCCCAGUACAACCCGAUGGAGUACGUGUUCCGCACGGCAGGGCUCGUCCGCGGCAAGUUCCCCUACGCCAUGGUCCUGGACGAUGCCAAGAAGGACGACGGCGUGCAUCUCUGGGAGUGGCUGAUGCAGACACCGGACGACGUCGAACUUGUGGAGUUCAACGCAACGGACGCGAUACUCAUGGAUGCUGGCAGUCCUCCCGGUGGGGGCAGCCGCGGUCUGCUCAUACGCGUUCUCGACUACAGUCCGCCGGACGACUACUCCAGUGUCACGGCGCUACGACACGAGAACUACAAUCUCCGCACCAUCGGUGCUUCGCAUGGUUACCUGCACCCGGCGCGUUUGUUUAAUACCGUCGGCGGGCUCGGUCGUCGUAUCGUCGUGUCUACACGUGCCGUGGUGCCCAGCUUCAAGGUGAUGCUGUUCCCAUUCACCGACGAUAUCCCCCUGCCCAUCACCAACUACGACAAGCAGAAGAACACCGUCGACGUUGUGUUGCCGGGGCAACACGAUCUCGUCACCUUUGGCAACAACCCCGACGGCCGCACCACGGUUAAGAUUCAGCGGCUCUCCGACGAGGGCAACGUCGUGGAUGAAAUGAAGCUGGACUAGCACACUUGUGGAUUGUACAGUGCUGGCCAUGCAGGGAAGUCCAACCUCAUGAGUAGAGUAGCGUCGCGUUCGAGUGCACAGACCAGUAUGUGUAGUAUAGUGCUAGGGGCUGAGUAGCACCCGAUGUUAUUUCAUAAGAUAGGAUUUCUUUUGCCAGCUCUGUGCAAUGGUCACACAACUGUACUGUGAGAGUAGGAACACUCUUGAAACUCCAUUAAACAGCAUACUGCACAGGCAUUCCCCUCUCCUUUCAGAACUACAGUCAACUUCGCCAAUAACGACAUUCGGCGGGGCAUCAGAAAAGUGUCCUUAUUCGCGAAGUGUCCUUAUAACCGAAGUCCCAUUUGAAUGUAUGUGAACCCAUAUUUUGUAUAGUAUGAUAUGCAUAUCAAAAUCAAGCUCUUGUCUUGCUCUAUGUCAAUGUGUACUUUAUUUUCAUAUUGCAGUUGCAAGGAACUAAAAAUUCAAUAUGCAAGGGAAAUGAAUUGAAAAAUAUGCCUUUUUGAGCCAUCUACAGGGCCAGAGACAUGUAUGAUGAUUACUGUACAAUCAUGUACAACUAC